AUGGGCACGAAAUCUUUAACGUCUGAUACUAUCAAUCUCAAACUAAUCCUUGUCAGCGGCCAAACAGCUGAAUUUCAAUUCCGAUCAACAACUACAGCGUUAGAUGUAGCUAAAUAUAUUUUUGAAAAUUGGCCCGCAGAAUGGGCAAAUGAACCCAAAGUAGAUCGUUAUGAAGUUUUAAGAUUAAUCUAUCAAGGAAGAUUUUUACAUGGUAAUGUUACAUUAGGCGCUCUACGGUUACAACAAGGCAAAACGACUGUGAUGCAUCUUGUCCAUCGUGAAAACCUUCCUGAAUCAACAAAUAACGAUCAAAAACGAAAACAUAAACAUGACAAUAAUCAAGAUAGAACAGCAAAUGCCACAUCACCAACGCCGGAUUCAACUGUAACAACUUCUACCUGUUGUUCUGCAUGUUCAAUAUUGUAA